AUGGAGAGCUCCAGGAAAGCCAAGAGCGAGAUCGAGGUGUUGGACGCGGCGCUCAAGGACUACGAGUAUAAGUUCAAACUGCGCAACAAUUUACGUCUCGCCAGCGAUGCCAUCGACAAAGACGUGGACCAAUUGAACAAACGAAGGACCGCAUUGACCGCACAGAUGAAGGUCUACAACGAGUCGCACAGAUCCGCGUCGUCCGCCACUUCAUUGCCGACGCCGACUGUCGCGCCGAUCGCCAGACCACCAGUUGAUCACUCGGCGUCAUCGUUGUUGUCCACCACUUCAACCGCUGAUGAAAGACAGGGCCAGUCAUCGCAGCGCAGACCUCAGCAAAAGGAAAGGCCUCAACACUUAAGACCCGCUCUGACCACUCACUCGUCCCCAACGGCCGCCAAACGGCCCAACACUUUACACACUAAACCCGCGGCUAACCCGAAAAGGGUGCGAAUCAAUGACGUCGUGUCCAAUACUACGCCCACAGCGCCCGUCAGGACAACGCCUUCGCUUCAUACGGGUCUCAAACCGGCCAUAAAACGCACUCCGCAUCCAUUUAGACCGAAACCAGCGUUAGGCACACCGACCACCCCAUUGGCCACCGCUAGUCCGUCGACAGACUCGCCUAAAGUUAGCCGUUUGUGUCGUCAACAAACUCCAGGUCCCGGCGGCCCACGAAGUACUGGUUUAGCGCCCGCUCCGAGCGGUGUGCGUACGUCGAGACCCGUACGGCCCGGUUGUUCGCGCGCCAACCGAACCGACAACGAGUCCACAGAAGCGCCCGAACCCUCGGAACCGACUCACACUUCAGACCAACCCAUGGAUAAUACAGAGGCAGCCGACACUGCCGUUGAUUCGGCCGACGAAGCCGUUUCUGACAAUGAAAUCUUCAACGAAUUGGUCAAUACAAAUAUCAUGAACGAGAAGGCGGCCGAAGAGGACGCACCCGUUGUCACAAACCGUACACCCAAUACGGCUACGACCGCCGCCACUGCCACUCAAUCCACUGUAAACUCAGACGAAAUACUCGAUAAUAGUGUAGCGACUGGUGACCAACGGGACGGACCGGAUCCACAACCGGCUCCGCAGGACAAUGCUGUUAACACUGGAGGCGAUGAAAUUGAUGGCAAUGAUGGCCCGAACGCUGAGCCCGAUGUGGUGACCAUUGAUAGCGAUGACGAAGACGAAGUAUUUACGGCCGAAACUCAGCCAACAAUUAACGUUAAAACAGAAAAACCGGAUGCCAUGAACGGCGGCAACCAUUCGCUAAACGCGGCCGCGACCAGAGUCUUGUCGGACAGUGCGGCCGAUCUGAACGCGUCGAGCGCUGCCAGCGAUGACAGUAUGGCCAGCACUUCCACGUCUUCCACGUUGUCGUCGACUUUUAAUAAGAAAUCACUGCGUUAUACAGGUUUUCCGGCCGUUGAAUACGAGCGCACCGACGGUCAAGAGUAUAGUCUCGGGCCGUUUAAACCCAUUUUCGGCCCGAAGUCCAAGACUGCGGGCGUCGGCGUCAUUACGAUGAAGGCGUUUAAAGACUAUUUGAUCGCCUCAUUAGCCGAUAACACUGUCCGCCGAUUCCACAUACAGAACAAGUCAGACGUCGGGAUGUAUGGCCCGCACGGCAAUCAUGUAAUGGCGCUGAUGAUCGUCGAGAGCGCCAAAUGUGCCGACGAUUACUACUUAUACACCGCAUGUAAAGACAAAGCACUGCGUGUGUUCAACGCUCGCACCACUCAACUAAUGGGUGGUAUAUCGCUCGGACACACCAUCUAUUGUUUGGACUAUCGCUGGUCACACGUGUUCUGUGGCCUCGAGAACGGGACCGUUUGCAAAGUGGCCGCCAUUCACGAGUUGGAGAGUCCGCCACAGGUUUCGGCCGAUGGCGCGGCCAACACCGGUGGUGACACUUAUGAACAUCUAGUUAAGCGAUACGCCGUUGACGCCAAGAAGCGUAUAUUAGCUCUCGUAGCGGUUAAAGCGACCGCAACCGUGGCCUUACCCGUCGACAUUGAGCCCGUAAUGGCCAUCAGUCACACUAAGCUGCGUAUUGUAAACACCAGCGACAGUGUGGUUAACGACAAGGACCGAGUGCUUCACUCGAUGCCACUGAACGCGUCUAAUGCAAGCCCUAUAUUUGCCAAAGUGUUUGGCGACCACUUAUUCCUGGCGUUCAAAGUGGUCGGCUUUAAACCCGAGGGCCAGACGAAGCCCAACAAAGACGACGACAAAUCACUGCUAUUGAUGUAUGACUUGCAAAAGGACUGGAAUUACGUGAACAAACUGGAGAUACCGGGCGCUAUAAUGGCGGUGGAGAUGAGCGGCUCGGAUCUGAUAGUCUGUGAGUACUCGGGUAGCGUCCAGUGCUUUGCCUGCGACCACCAAUUUGACUUCAAGUGGAAGGCGCACCCAUCGGUCACUAUCAGCGCGUGCGUCCAAUUGGGCUCACGGCUGGUGUUGGGCACCGGGAGCGGCCAAUUCGAGGUGAUCUUCUUGGACCAGAAUCCCGUCGACUGUGACCUCUGCGGCAUCACAUUUGUCCGCGAUAUGGACCUCAAACAUCACAUUAAGAAUGAGCAUAACCUGUCGGAGCCACCGGCCAUUGGCCAGUAG